CGGAAAACAAGUAAGAUGAUAUUUUUAUAAAACGAGUUUUUUGGAAAUCAAAUGUAGCUUUGUACAAGAAAAUAACAUUUCAAAUUUCUCCCAUUCUUCAAAGAAAUAUCACCUAUUGCUGUGGCGUUGAAUAUGUGGCAUGCUUGUAAGAGCACUGGAUGGAUUCUGAAGUUCUUUGAACCGAUGAGCGAUUUUGCGAAAUGCUCUUGACAAAACUGGUAUCUUUUAACCUCGUACAAGACGACGCGCGUAUAAAAUGGAUAGGUAUAUGAACGACACGCACUCCCUUUACUACAAUGUUGAUCAUUCGUCCAUGUUUGGGUCGAAUUUGUCGACGGUUUUUGCCGACGGGCCGCCACCAUUAGAGGAUAGUAUUAAUGAUGACGACCAUGGCGAAUUUGUUUUCUCGUCAGAAACUGAUGCGAUUGGCCAAGCAGUGCUCAAUAAAAUUGAAAGUAAGCUCAAGAGAGACGCAGAGAAAAGGUCUUCUGCAUGUGGUGAACACGAGAAUUCUAGUUUGGGAACAGAUAUUGAAACAAAGCCAAAUUCGUCAACAGAAAAAUUUGAGGCAUUUGCUAAUUUUGAAGCAUCAAAUGGUUCAAAUCAUUUUGGUACUUCAGAAAAACCAGACGUUGGUGCUGAAUCAGUUUUGGAGGUGAAUGGAUUUAAUGAAAAUAUUGCCAACAAUGCCAAAUCCGACGAUGAUUUUAGCAAUGAAGAAUUUGGGGAUUUUUCUGCUGGUUUUUCUCAAACAUCAAAUUUGAACAAAAAUAAUUCAGACAUUGAUAAACAUAGUUUUGGUGAUUUUUCAGCUUUUCCAAAUAAAGGUGAAGAGACUAUUAAUGAACAAACUUCAUCCAAUGAAGAAACAAAUGAGUCUGAUGAUUUCAAGUUUGCAGAUUUUGGGAGUUUUAAUAAUGCAGAUAUGAAAGAAAGUGAUUGGGGUAAAAAAUAUAAUGACAAUGCUGUUUUGGAGGAAGGAUUUUGGGAGUAAUUCCAGCACAGAUAAAGUUGGGAGUCAUAUUGAUAUGAACAAUGAUGCUUCAGAUGACGAAUUCGCUUCCUUCGAUGAAGCAGAUUAUGGCAGCUUUGAGGCAUUCACAUCUAACGAAGUUGCAAAAACCAGUGGCAGUAAUAAUGGAAUCACGCCUAAGCCUGAUGUCAUUCCAACUAACGAGAAAGAUGACUUAACGAGUCCUAAAUUACCACAUGAUCUCACUAAUCAUGAAACAAAGAACGUUGAUGCGGGUGAGCCUUUUGAAGCUUUCAAAAAUGACACCCCUUCUAAAACGAAAAAUGAGUUUAAAAGUGGUGAAUUACCACCAGAUUUAACUAAUAAUCAAGUAAAAGAUACUAAUGAAUUUGGAACUUUUAAAGAUGAUAGUUUUAAUGACUUCACAAGCACAAAUGAUGAUAAUUUUGGAGAUUUUUCUCAAAGUUUACAGAGCCUGAGUAAGGAAAGUCAAGCUUCAGAAAUGAAUGUGUUCAACUCUGAUACUAAUAAAAUUAAAACCAAAGAAGAUGAUAAAGAAACCUCGGCCGAUGAUGAUUUUGGGGAUUUCGCUGAUUUUUCGAAUGAUUCAUUUGCCGCCUUUUCUUCAGACAAUUCCAGGACAGAUAGCUCCAAGACAACUGAUAAGGUUUUACCUGUAAACAAUUUAGAUACCAAACAAAAUUCUGGUGAAUUUACUUCUUUCUCAGAGGCCACAAAUUCCAAGAAAGAACAUAAAUUUAAGGCCAACUUGGAAAGCACUGUUCCUCAAAACAAACAAGGCUUUCAGGCAGAUUUUGGUGCAUUCUCAGAAAGCACUAGCUCUGAAAACAAACAAGAAUUCCAAGCAGAUUUUAGUGCAUUUUCAAAGAGCACUUCAUCUUGGAAAUCCUCUACACAGAGAUUGUCUUCUCAGCAAAGCACAGGCCUGAAGCAAUUGGUAUCAUUCUAUUCUUGUUUUCAAGAUGUUUUUGUGACAUUGCACCAUAAAGUGGAAGACUUACAGCAUAUGAAAGACCUAGGAGAGAAAAGGCUAAAUCAAGAAAAAUUGUGGAAAAAUCUGCAUUCGAAUAUGGGAGAGGGGGCUUUGAGAUUCAGCUGGGAGCAAUGCAAGACCUCAAACAAAAUAUGCAAGGCAUUGGAAGUUUCCAAAAAGAAUAUUGUGGUCAACCCAAAUAUUCUUGCAAUGAGCGAAGGCUUAGAAAUCCCUGUCUUCGCAGCUGGUCUGGGUAUUCUUCAACCAAGUAUUGUACCAGCACCCCCAAUAAAGAAAAAGGGAAAAGGCAAGAAAGAGAGUGGAAGCACAAGGGAAACAUCCUCAGGUUCAUCGACACCUCCACCAAGCCUUCAAGUACAGACAAAUAUCCCGGAAUUUAAGUCAGACACGACUAAAGACAACAAUUCCGACACAGCGUCUCUUUCAAAUUCCGACACGGCAUCGCUUGAUCUAGAUUUCUUUGCUUCGGCGCCUUCGAAUGCUCCCGUAAACUCAGAUCAAAGCGCCUCAAAUAGUCUCCACAAUUUGGAGUUUGCAUUUGGUUCCGUGCCCCCCGGAAACCAAACUGAUCUCGCUGGAAACAGGGAACGCGAAUUCGAUGCUUUCAAACCAUCCAAAGUCGUGCAAGAUGAUCCGUUGAAAAUCUUGAAGAAAUUGGAUACAAGUAAAAUGUCUUCGUCUGUCGUGAAUGAAAGUCGCGCGCAGCUGAGUUCACGUGCCUCGGGGAUAAUCGAGACAUUUGAGGAUCUCUCGUUUAUGCACUCCUCUGUCCUGAUGUUCCCACUUCACAAGAAUAAUUAGCCAGAGAAAUAAGAUUACAUCGGGUGGGAAACAAAAUGACGUCAUUUUCAGAGCUUGUCCGCGCAUCGCUAUGUAUAAACUGGAUUGCGCUUUCAGUUGUUCGAAAUCCAAAGUUUGCAGUCACAUGUAGAUUCCGUGUUUUAAUUGCCUAGAUGUGCCACUGAUCUAUAUGUGGGGGGACUCAGGGAAGAAUACGCCUCCAUCUCUUACUUAGAAUUCAUGACGUGCGCAAUCCAGGCUUUUUUCCAACUGUUUUUGCGCGACCUACCCUUGGGAUGGAGCUCGAACUUCCUCGACUUCGUAUUUGGCUUUGAUUUGUAUAAUACAACAAAAUAAUUCAAGAUAAAAUGUGGUUGCCGUGGCGAUUAAUUGUAGGAAGUUUGAAUUAAUUUUACGUCCUCCAUGGCAGCGCUCUAUGCGAAAUAAAAUUUAGUUCAGAAUGACAGGAAUAGAAUUUAAGAAAUGAGCCAAAUAUAUUUGAAUACGUUCCCUGUAAUAGACUUUUAAAUACAUUUAGUGAUUUUUGUCAGUUAAAUACCAUACGUCUAUAUGUAAAGC